AUGUCCAUGAUGACAGAGCUAACAUACUCCAGCUAUAAUUCUAAGAAAGAGACUGGCAUGGUUGGUCUCAGAAACCAGGGCGCAACCUGCUACCUUAACUCGCUCCUCCAAUCUUUGUUUUUCACCAAUGCGUUCCGAAAGGCUGUAUACCAAAUUCCCACAGAAGAUGAAGCAAAUAAAAAGAACUCUGCCUGGACCCUUCAACGUUUAUUCUACUCACUCCAAACAUGUGAAACUCCUGUUUCAACCUCAGAACUCACUGAGUCCUUUGGAUGGAAGUCAAGGGUAAUCUUUGAACAGCAGGAUGUCCAGGAACUCUCUCGGUUACUCAUGGAGAAGCUCGAGGUGCAAAUGAAAGGCACACCGGCUGAAUUAGCACUCCCGAACCUCUUUGUGGGCAAAGCCAAAACUUACAUUUCUUGUAUCAACGUUGAUUAUGAAUCGUCGCGGAUAGAGGACUUCUGGGAUAUACAGCUGAGUGUCAAAGGAAACAAGACCCUGGAUGACAGCUUCAAAUCUUACAUCAACGUUGAGAUCAUGGAUGGAGAGAACAAAUAUGACGCAGGAUCUUCCCAUGGUUUGCAAGACGCCCGAAAAGGUGUUAUUUUCGAAAGCUUCCCACCUGUCUUGCAUCUUCACCUACAAAGAUACGAAUACGAUUUCAACCGCGAUGCAAUGAUGAAAAUCAACGACCGGCAUGAAUUCCCAGAGGAGUUCGAUGCAUCGCCCUACUUAUCCGCAGAUGCAGACAGGUCUGAACCCUGGGAAUAUAAGCUUUUCGGCGUACUUGUUCAUAGUGGCGACCUUAAUGCUGGACACUACUACGCCUUUUUGCGCCCAACCAAAGAUGGCCACUUCUACAAAUUCGAUGAUGACAAGGUGAUCAGAGCAACAAACAAGGAAACGUUAGAAGAGAACUUUGGAGGAGAGUAUGCAAAUGGAGCCGGGAUGCGCCAACCUUAUACCCGGAAUUACUCAACAAAACGCUCGAUGAACGCAUACAUGUUGGUUUACAUCCGGAAGUCCAGAAUCGACGACGUCCUUGUCAACGUUGGAAACGAGGAUGUGCCUGCCCAUCUUGCGAAACAAGUCGAUGAAGAGCGCUCUGAGGCGAUCCGUAGGAAAAAGGAGCGUGAAGAGCAACAUCUCUACAUGAAUAUUGCAGUUGUAUCCGAUGACUCGUUUAGGGAACAUCACGGCUUUGACUUGAUGAGUACUGAUUUGGAUCCCGGUGAUCCAGCCCUCCCGACCACCUACCGAGUCCGUCGUACCAUGAAGGUGGGCGAGUUUACGCAACUUGUGGCAGAAGAUAAGGGCCUUGAUGUGGAACGAGUCCGCCUAUGGGCUAUGGUUAAUCGUCAAAACAAAACUGUCCGGCCUGACCAGCCUCUACGGGACCCAGAAGACACUGUCGAAACAGCUGCUUUCAAGCUUUCGUCAAGAGCCGCGCCUUUCAAGGUAUAUGCUGAAGUGAGAGAACCUGGAAGUGAUGGAAAGGUUGUUUGGCCUGAAACGCAAGGACCGAAUGCGUCUGUUCUGGUCAUUUUGAAGCAUUUCGAUCCUGUGACACAAACUCUCUCUGGUGUUGGCCAUGUUUUCGUUAAGAAGCAAUCCAAGGUUUCAGAACUUGCUGGGCCCAUUCUCCAGAUGAUGAAUUGGCCUGCCGGUACAUCCUUUUCGCUAUAUGAGGAAAUCAAACCUUCCAUGAUUGACCAGCUGAAGCCUAAGCAGACAUUCCAAGCUUCGGAGAUUCAAGAUGGAGAUAUAAUAUGUUUCCAGCGGACCCAAAGUGAAUCAGAACUUGGACCCAACGUUCUCUACAAGGACGCAAGACAAUACUACGACUAUCUUCUCAACCGCGUCAUGAUAAAAUUUGCGCCAGUGAAGCCAGAAUCCGAUGACUCAACUUUUACACUUGCUCUUAGCCGCAAGAUGAGCUAUAAUCAAUUUUCAGCUAAAGUUGGCGAGUACUUAAAAGUUGACCCGACACACCUUCGGUUUGCACCUGUUGCAACUACUACUGGCAAUCCCAAACCAUUUAUUCGGCGGAACGUUGCCCACAACCUUUCCCAGAUCCUGACUACCCAGUACUCUGCUUACGGUAACUCAGGGCAGAGAAACGAUGCAUUAUAUUAUGAGAUUCUGGAGACUAGCUUAAGUGAAUAUGAAACUAAGAAGCUAAUAAAAAUCACCUGGCUGCCGGAGGGAAUCAUCAAAGAGGUAUACUGCUGCCCUGGUUUACUUUUUAUAGUUCCUUUUUAUUUUUGUCUUGGGGCGUGCGCUAAUAUAUAUUAUUUCAUACAGCAACCGUUCGAGUUACUUGUGCCUAAACAAGGAAAUGUCACUGAUAUUCUACAAGGCCUUCAACAAAAAGCCAAUCUGGAUAAUGAGGUUAUGCAAAAUGUCCGUGUUUUUGAAGCACAUUACAGCAAAAUGCAGAAAGAACUAACAGACAAGUUUGGCGUUGCUGGAAUAAUGGACACAAUCUCCCUUUAUGCGGAGCCUAUUCCAGAAGAUGAACAAAACAUGAAGGAAGGUGAUUUUAGGAUAAAUGCUUUCAAUUUUGAUAAGGAGCCAAAUAGAGAGCAUGGCAUACCUUUCAAAUUUGUUGUUAAACCAGGAGAGAAAUUCAUCGAUACCAAAGAGCGCUUGUCCAAAAGAACAGGCAUCCGAGGUAAACAAUUUGAGAAGAUAAAAUUUGCAGUUGUGUCUCGAGCCAUGUACUCAAAUCCAACAUAUCUUGAAGAUGGUACUCCAUACCCCUUACUAAAACGCACCUCUCUUAAGAAAACAGCUAACACUAUCUAG